AUUAUCUGGAAUUAUGGACAUUGUUGUGUAUUUAAUUGUUAAUUUCUAAAACUAAUUUGGUGUUAUUCAAUGUAGUGUGGUGAACAAUUUGUGAAUAAGGCAUUUUGGAUUAAAAAAGAAAACGCUGUACUCUGAUUCCUGAAGUUGAAAAAAAUCAAUUAAAGGAGACCAAGAAAUUUGGGAAAAAUCAGAUGCAAAUAUAAAGCCACCCUUAAAGGUAUAAUCCAGUUUGUUUGACGAGCAAGCAGCCAGUGCGAUCGAAGACAGCGUUGGAAAAUAUGCCUUAUAUGGAAAAUGUAGCUCCGACCAAACAUCUUCGCAGUAGACAUUUUCUCUACGACAAGUACUACAAUUUGCGGAAUUGUGCAAUGUCAUGUUAAAUGAAAAAUCAAGUACAAGAGAAAAAGCUUUAAAUAAAUAUUAAAAUUUAUACCAAAAAAGAAACGAAUAUUAACUUUAGUUAGUUUUAAGUUUAAACUAUAAGUGGUAUAUUGAGACGUGUUAGUGAAUUUGUGUUUUGCGUGUGACUUGAAAUAUACAUAUUAGUGGUUAAAUUUACUCGUAUUAUCGCGAAAAAAGUGUAUAAAGGAAACAUAUUUCGUUUGGAGACUAUCAAGAUGAACGAUUCAACGGCGGAUAGCUACGAGCCAAAACUCAAACUAGAGGACUGUCAGAAAACCUACGCCAACGAGACCCUGAGACUACAGGAAACGCACCCCGAUGGAUUCUGUAACGUUUCCUUCGACAAUAUCCUCUGCUGGCCCCCCACCCCCAUCAACACCAAAGCGGAGGUCAAGUGCUUUUCGGAAUUUAUGGGCAUCUAUUAUGACGACUCCCAAAAUGUCACUAGGAUGUGCUUGGAGAACGGAACAUGGAACAAAUCAACUUAUGACAACUGCAAAGAACUGGACCUGCUCUCAUCGAACGUAGACACUCAGAUUUACAUUUAUCUCAUUGGAUUUAUCAUCAGCACAAUCACCUUGAUCGUAGCAUUGUUUAUCUUCACAUACUUCAAAGAACUGAGAUGUUUGAGAAAUAUUAUCCAUAUGAAUCUGAUGUGGUCUUAUCUGUUGACGUACACAAUGUGGAUUAUAAUGCUAAUAGAGCUGAACUACUUCAAGGAGCAUAUGGCCGUGAUGUGCGUCUACCUGGUCACUCUUCUCCAUUACUUCCACAUCACGACGUUUUUCUGGAUGUUCGUCGAAGGUCUCUACCUCUACAUCCUGGUUGUUCGGACUCUGACUCGAGAAAGUUUCAAGCUGAGAGUUUAUUUGGGCAUUGGCUGGGGUACGCCACUGCUGUUUAUCAUUAUCUGGGUCAUCUUUAAAAGUCUUUUUCCACCUCUCCAUAAUGAAAGCGACGUGUGUGACUGGUUUAGGGAUAGCUACCUAGACAUCCUCUUCCAAGCUCCUACAAUAGCAGUACUGAUAAUCAACAUCAUUUUCAUGAUGUCCAUCAUGGUGGUAUUAGUUACUAAGCUCCGGUCAGCUAACACAUUGGAAAUACAACAGUACAGGAAAGCAGUGAAGGCAUUGGCAGUGCUCAUACCGUUAUUAGGAGUGACGUAUGCCAUCACCAUAUAUGCUCCUGUGCAUACCAUUUGGGAUUUGCUGCGCAGUGUUCUUCUAUCGUUACAGACUUCCAUAAAAGUAGAAUAA